AUGGCCAUUUCAACACCUGAAGCAAUGAAUUCCAAUCUGUGGAAGUUCUUAAGCGAGGAAGCAUCCAAACAGGCUGGCACAUACAAAAUUGAAGUAGCCCAAAAGCCGACGAUCAUUCGAAAGAUCACGUACCAACAUGGCCCAAACAUGUCCAUUGAUGUCGUCAUUUGGGUGACGUCAUUGAACCAUCCGAUCAAGAAUCAGGUCCAUGGAAUCUUCUUUACCAGAUCGGACCGUCGUGAUGGGACCAAAUUCUGCAUUUUGCACUGCAAACUAUUUGCCGACGAGCAGCCUCUGAAUGCAAAAAGCUUGAUCAGUGGCCUGCUAGUUGAUGCGGAUUCAAACGGUUUCCUCAAAAGAUCGUUGGAAGAAGGAUUUUCAGCUCUGGAAGUGCUGGUCAAUUCAGCUGUGAUCGAAGGUGCUGAAGAGGACCGUGAGAAGGCAGACAGCGUUAUUCAAGAAAUGGUAAUACCGGACAGCUUCUUUCAAAACAUGAAGGCUGCUCAAAUCAUCAGUCUCUCCCAUGCAGGUAUUUCAUCACUUCCAUCGUCUUUAUUUAAUUUAAGCGAUCUUCGUGUGCUGAUUUUAAGAGGCUGCCGGGAGCUAUCAGAGCUGCCGCCCUCAAUGGGGAAGUUCAAGAAACUUGAAGAGCUAGAUGUAUCGUAUACUGGAAUUCGUAAUUUGCCGAUGGAGGUGGGUGAGUUGGGCAGUUUAAGGAAACUAGGACUAAGGGAAACACGGCUCAAAACAAUCCAAUUUGAAAUCUCCAAGUUACAUGCUUUGGACGAUCUGGACAUGUUUAAAUGCUCCAUCACAUGGGUCGGUCACCACGAUAAUAUCGACAAAGGGUCUAGAUUGUUGGAUGUGACUUGUGGGGUGAGUUUGAAGGACAUCAUCAAUCUUGCAAGCUUGACUAGUCUGCAAAUAAUGGUUGAGAAAUUUGAAUCCAUUGAUGUGGAGAUCAUCGGACGGUUGAGGAGAUUGAGAAGAUUCCAUUUGGUGAUUGGCCCGGCUUCCAGGGUCUGUCACUGCGAUGAUUUUCUUGAAGAAAAUUAUGACAAGGUGUUGGUUAUUUCAUUCUGCAAAUGCGAAUCUGUUGAUGAGUUCGGCGCUUUGAGUGAUUUGGAGUGUCUGAUUAUGGAGACAUGCUGUCGGUUGACCACGAUUUCUUCGUUGGUGGGGCCGCAGAGUAGGUUGAGAGAUCUUAGAAUCGAAAACUGCGAUAAUGUAACAGAGAUGAUUGGAGGCCGAGAUGAUGGUCAACUGAAGAAGUUAGAGAAUUUAAGCCUGGUUUCAUUGCCGCUUCUAGAAGAAGAGCUAGAACUCGGAGAAAAUCUGCGGAGCAUUCGAAUCACUAGAUGCUCAAAACUUAAAAAUCUUUGGAAUUCGCUUAACAGAAAUCAAAGAGUGAAAGAUCUCUUUGUAGGAGAGUGUGAAGGAACAGAGGCAUUGGGGGACAAUCAGUUUGCAGAGUUGGAGAAGCUGAGCAUCUAUUGCCUACCACUAUUGAACAGCAUCGGUGUUUUCCGCAGUCUAAAAUCUCUACAUGUUUGGAGAUGCGCAGAAUUGAAAAGCUUCCCAUUUGGAUUUCAAAGGCUCGAGAACUUGCAAGUACUUGAUGUGAGCGACGUGUGCAAUGUAGAGCAACUAAUAGAUUGUGAAUUCGAAGAAGGCAUUACAGUUCUACCAAGACUAGGAGACUUGCAGCUUAGGAGAUUACAGAGUUUCAGAAGUAUAUGGGAAGGGAAAUUGAGAGGUGGGUCUCUUGGGAAUUUAGGAAAGAUGACGGUCUCCAGCUGCCCAAAGCUGAAGGCUCUUUUCUCAUCUGGCUUUGGGAUGCUUGGAAAACUGAAGAAAGUUCGUGUUGAUGACUGCGACGAGCUAGAGAAGAUAGUUGAAGAGGCAGCAAUGGAAGAUGAAGGAAUUACAUUACAGAGCUUGGAGAGAUUGGAGUUGGCAAACAUUCCAAGACUUUCAAGUAUUUUUGCAGUGAAAUCGGGAGUCGGGGCUCUUGAAAAUCUUGUGGUUUUGUACUUGAGUCAUUGCUCGGAAUUGAAGGUUGUCAUUCCACCUUCUUCACACGGGCUGCUUCCAAAACUGAACCACAUCUAUGUAGGAGACUGUGAGAGGGUCGAGCAGAUAAUUGGAGGUGAAGGGGUUUUAGAGAAUGCACUGCCGAGCUUGGAGAAUAUCCUGAUUGUUAAUCUAUCAAGGCUACAAGCGCUUUGGAAAGGUGAAUUGCAAGAUGGGUCUCUCAAGAGCUUGAAAUUGAUCGAUGUGGCGAAGUGCCCGGAAUUGAAGAACCUACUUUCAUUGGGUUUAGAUAGGCUUGAGAAGCUUCGCCUGAUUCGAGUGAAUGACUGCGAUGGGUUGGAAACUAUAGCGGCGAAAAACCCAAUUGAUGCAUUUGCAUUGCCAGCUCUUGAGUCACUAUGUCUUUCGAAUUUGGGAGCAUUGAAGAUGCUUUGGAGGAAUGGGAUGGAAAUGGGUGCUUUACGAAGCUUGCAGACAUUAAAGUUGGGCAAUUGUACAAGACUGGAAGCUCUUUGGGAUGGAGAAUUGGAAGACGGAGUGCUAUCGAGCUUGAAAAGCGUUAGUGUUUGGAAAUGCCCGGAACUAAAGAUCCUGAUCCCUAGUAAUCUUCGGAAACUAGAGAAAUUAGAAGACAUUCAUGUAAAUGAUUCUGGAAUUGAAAUGAUCACGAGAGAAACCUUGCAAGAGAGUGCUCUACAGAGUUUGAAGGAGAUCGAACUUCAAAGUCUACCAAGAUUAGAAGUCCUGUGGGUGGAAGGAGAGCUUGGAUCUGAUUCUUUGAAAGAUCUAAAAAAGGUGUUCUUGAAAGACUGCGAAUUGUUGAAAUCUCUCCCAUUUGGUUUGAUUAAGUGCCGGAAUUUGGACGCGUUAGUAGUAGAAAAUUGUGUGAGUAUAGGUACAGUAGUAAGCCAGACACAUGUAAAUGUAUUCCCAAUGCUGGCCAGUAUGCGUCUUCGAACACUGCCGAAAUUGAAGGCGAUUUCAGAGAAGAAAAUGGGAGUUGGGUGUCUUGAAAACUUGGAAUACUUAACACUAACACGAAUUCAAGGCCUGAAGUCACUUCCACCUGAUUUGCGCAUGUUACAAAAGUUGAAGCAGCUAAAUGUGACAGAAUGCAAUGAAAUGGAGGCCUUGAUCACAGGCGGGCCGUGGGAAGAAGACCUGCUACCUAGCUUAAUGCACUUAGAUAUCAGAGAUCUGCCAAAAUUGAAGAUCAUUUGGGAGGCAAUGCCAGGGACGGUUUCGAUGAAAAAUCUAAAAGGGUUCUAUGUGAAAGGAUGCAAAGUGCUGGAUACUCUUCCGUACGGGCUGAUGAAACUCGAUAAGCUAGAACAACUCCAUGUAAAGAACUGUGAUGAAAUGGAGACGGUAUUCCGAAUGGAAGGAGAAGAGACUGCAAUGCUGCCGAGCGUGAUUGAAGUGAAGCUGGAAAAGAUGCUGAGGUUAAGGAGAGUUUGGGAAGGAAGGGCUGAUUUGCCAAAAUUGAAUUAUGUGACUGUGAUUGACUGUCCUAAGCUAAAGAAUCUAUGUUUCGCAAUGAAUUCAUCGGUUUUAGAAAGUAUCAGCGGAAGUAAAGAUUGGUGGGACACUCUAGAGUUCGAGGCUGAUGUGAGGUUGGAUCUACAGAAAUGUUUCAAACCAUGGCCGAUGGAGCAACCCGAAGUGCUAGACCAAUGUUUCAUCCGCAGGCGCCCAUACCGUAGACUCUCUUCCUGA